UUCUCAUCUCCAUUUCCAUUAUCAUCAAUCUUUUUCAUUUCCAAUUUCCAUUAAUCUUUCUCACGAUUCUUCAAGAAUUAAUAAUGGCUGGACAAAUUCCAUUCAGUAUCUUAGAACAAGUAUUAACAAAGCUGGGGUCGCUUGCUUUCCAAGAAAUUGGAUUGGUCUGUUGUGCCAGAGAUGAUCUAAAGAAGCUUGGAAAUUCUCUCUCCACUGUGAAAGCUGUACUUGUAGAUGCUGAGGAGAAGCAAGAGCAGAGCGAUGCUGUGCGAAUUUGGAUAGGGAGGCUUCAAGAUAUUGUGUAUGAAGCGGAGGAAUUGGUAGAUGAGAUGGCAACUCAUGACUUGAGGGGGAUGGUGCAAGGCCAAAGGAAAGUCGCAACACAGGUAUUGGACUUCUUUUCCUCCUCAAAUCAGAUUUGGUUUCGUCUCAAGGUGGGCCAUAGAAUUAAGGACAUUAGGGAGAAGUUAAAAGAGGUAGAAAAUGAAAUUUCUAGCCUCAAUUUAGAGAAGAAAAUAAUAAUAGAUGUGAGAGAUAAAAGUAGUGGAAGGGAGACAUCCUCUGUACUGAAACCUGAUAUAAUAGGCAGGGAAAAAGAUAAGGAGAAAAUGACUUUGUCAUUGUUGAAUCCAACUAGUAGUCAAGGAAGUGUUUCUGUGAAUGCUAUUGUUGGCAUUGGGGGCUUAGGAAAGACUGCACUUGCCCAGUUGGUGUAUAAUGAUGAAAAGGUUAAAAAUUACUUUGAGAAGAAGAUGUGGGUGUGUGUUUCUGAUGAAUUUGAGGUGAAAUUGCUAGUUAAGAAGAUCCUGGAAUGUGCAACUAAUAAUGAGGUGCCUAAUUUAUUAGGACUAGAACAAUUGCGUAUUCGCCUUAAAGAGAAUUUAGAAGGGAAGAGGUAUUUGUUGGUGUUAGAUGAUGUAUGGAAUGAAGAUCAGAAAAAAUGGGAUGAUUUGAAAGCUUACUUGCUAGUGGGUGCCCCAGGAAGUAAAAUUUUAGUCACCACUCGUAGCACAAGAGUUGCAUCAGUCAUGGGUGUGGAUUCCCUAUACGGUUUGCAACAUCUAGCAGAAAAUGAGGCUUGGGAUUUAUUUGAAAAAUUAGCAUUUGGAGAAGGGCAUGGUGCAGUGAUGAAUCCUAACCUAAUAAAAAUUGGAAAAGAGAUGGUAAAGAAAUGUAAAGGAGUUCCACUUGCAAUAAGGAUUUUAGGAAGCCUCAUGCGUUUGAAAAUUAAAGAGAGUGAGUGGUCUUCCAUUUUAGAAAGUGACUUAUUAAAGUCAUUUCAAACAAAUGAGAAUGUUCUUUCUGUACUGAAGUUGAGUUACUAUCACUUGCCCACUUAUUUAAGGCAAUGUUUCACUUAUUGUGCGAUGUUUCCUAAAGAUUACGAAUUCGAUAAAGAAACAUUGAUUCGUUUGUGGAUAGCACAAGGAUACAUUAUCUGUUCAAGUAAGGAUGACAAUUUAGAGGAUAUUGGAGAUCAGUACUUUAAUGAAUUGUCAUCUCGAUCAUUCUUCCAUCAGUCAGAAAGUAUGAAUGGUUAUAAAAUGCAUGAUCUUAUCCAUGAUCUAGCACAAUCAAUGGCAAAGGAUAGGUACUUUGCAGUAGAGAAUGUUUGCGAAGGAAUCCAUCAUGUAUAUUGGCCAUCUUCUUUGAAUGAAAUUGAGAUGCUGGUUAAAGUUAAGGGCAUGAGGACAUUAUUUUUUGAAAGUUUUCCUGAAAGUGUAACAUUUAAAAAGGGUUCAAAUUUUCAAAGGUUACGUGCCUUGCAUUUAGGGUGGAAUAUAAAGGGAGUACCAAAUUCAAUAGCAAGAUUGAAGUAUUUGAGAUAUCUUGACAUUUCUAGGUGUAAGAUGGAAACGCUCCCAAAGUCCAUAAAUAAUUUGCAAAACUUGCAAACUCUAAUACUCUCAUAUUGUAGAAGGCUUCGAGAAUUGCCGAGAGAUAUAGAAAAAUUGAUCAGCCUUAGGUGCCUCAUGAUUAAUGGAUGUGAGAGCCUAAGAUGCAUGCCAAUUGGAUUGGGGAAAUUAACUUGUUUGCGCCAACUGUCGGAUUUUGUGGUGGCAUGGGAUGAAGGCUCUAAGGGGGCUAUGCUAAAUGAAUUGAAUAGCCUAAACCAACUUAAGGGAAGGAUUGUCCUCCAUGACCUUAUAAAUGUGGAAAAUGUUGAGAUAGAGUCCAACCAAGUGAAUUUAAGGGAAAAGAAACACCUCCAGUAUUUGGUGUUACGUUGGAGUUAUUCUUUUCUUUACGAGGAGACUGGAGUUGAAAAUAAUGAAUUAUUUUUAGAAAAGCUUGAGCCUCAUCCAAAUUUACAAUCCUUGGUUGUGGAAUCUUUCAUGGGUCUUGGGCAAGUAGAGCGCUUGCAUGUGAUUUCUGGGCAAGGAAAGUUGAAGUUAAAGUAG